AUGCACCAGAAUCUUCUAGACACAGUUCCGCCCGAUGCCCGACCGGCCCAAGUCAUCAUCAUCGGAUGCGGCGACCAUUCUAUGAUCAUACCGUACAUGGAAGAAACAACCGACGAAUUCCCCAUCUACUCCGACCCGUCAGGAAAUAUAUACGACAAGCUGCAAAUGAAUCGAACGACUGCGUUUACCGAGCCACCGCCUUAUACGGAGCACUCGCUCAGAAGUUCGUUCGCAAAGUGUUUGAAGCAAAUUUGGAAGCGUGGCCUAGCAGGCUUUAAAGGUGGCAAUUGGGACCAGCAGGGUGGAGAGUGGAUUUUUGUUAAUGGGAAGUUGAGAUUUGCGCAUCGGAUGGAGGCGGCGAAUGAUCAUCUUACAGCGGAUCGGUUAAUGGAUAUUUUGAAAACGGAUUAUGAUCGCAAACCGGGUGAGGCACCGGUGGUGGUUCCAGAGGAUGCGGAGGAUGUACGGCAAGUCUAA